AUGGCAAUCGCUCUGGGUACAUAUUCUAAUACCAAAUUUAAAAGGGAAAUAGUUAUUGAUAGCGAGCAUUGCCCAAACUUGGUUAAAAGAUCCGAUGUUGAUUCUGAAGAAGUUGCCUUUACUCUUCACAUUCCCUUCGAACAACUAAACAGUUGGCACAAUGCGAAGCAAACAACACUGGCUGACUGCACGUACGUACAGAUACUGAACGCAUUUAUUGGCAAACAGUAUCCAUUGAAGAUUCUGGAGAGCUGUACAUUGCACGAAAGUGUCAAAACAAGUUAUCGGGAAACAUGGGGGGACUCGGCAACGCCUACUUGCGAAGACAUUAAAUGUAAGCAAGCAUCAGACCUGGUGAGAAAAAAACAAAUAAAGAUCGACAAGGCCACUAUUGACAUUGAUAAGCUUGAAAGAGAGAAUAGCAAAUUGUACAAUAUAAUUGAAAAAAUUUCUCCCCAAAGAAAGUUUGAGGACAAAGGGAAAACGUUUCUGGAAGUAGGAAAGCGACAGCAAGAUCGUAAACUUCGAACUCUGGCAACACGGGUCGAGCAAGCACUUUGGUUUAGCGAAUCGUUUGGACUUCAGUUGAACAGUGUGAAAAUGAUUGACGAGUCUGGAAAAGCUCAUUGCCUAUCUUUUGAUGAAAAGGGAUUGAAAAAUUACAAGGAACUCCCAAGUGAUGAGAAGGAAGACAUCCAGCAAGUUUUGAACAUAAUGGACAAAUUUUGCAUAGGCGAGGCUGCAUACCAUGAGUUAACUUGUUGCCCAGGAGGAGAGACACUCCCAAGGUCUUAUCUGGUGAAACAAUGCAAAGAUGAUCUAAAUGAGCUUUUCUAUAUUGAAAGAACUCCUGGGAAUGCAAAUGGGGCAGCACUCAAUUUUGAAGACGAGUUGAGCCACGUAAUUGGAAAUCUGAUGGAGACAAACAGCAAGUUAGGAGAUGUCCCAGUCAAAGUGAAAGUCAGUGGAGAUGGUGCAAAGAUGACAAGAUUGACAAAUUUCAUUGUGAUCAGCUUCUCUGUUCUUAAUCUGGAAGAAACUGUUAUGUCAUCAAAAGGGAACCACACAGUUGCAGUAAUCAAAGGUCAUGAGGAUUAUGACCUUUUGAAGACUUCCUGUGCAAAGAUCUUUAGCUGCAUCAACAGGCUGGUAAAGUCAGGAAAAAUCAACAUUAAAGGGAAGGAUGUGCCUGUUGAAUUUUAUCUAGGAGGUGACUAUAAGUUCCUUUUGUUGGUACUUGGCAUGAAAGGAGCCACAUCUGACUAUGCAUGUAUUUGGUGCAAAAUUUUCAAAUUAGACAGAUGUGAUAUGUCAAGGCUUCAAAACUACUGGGAAACUCAACAUGGUCGAUCAAUUGAGGACAUAAAAGAAUGCGCUUUAAAAGGUCAUUUUUCUUGUCAAUUCCAACCUCUGCUCAAUAUAAAGUUGGAAAAUGUUGUUCUUGAUGAACUACAUUUAAUGCUUCGAAUCACAGAUGUGUUGACAAAAAGCUUAAUUAACCAAGCUCUUGAAUGGGAUAUAAAGGACAACAUACCCAAAGCUCCCAAAAAUAGGUCAAACCAACACCUAACAGACCUGGUUAGGUCAAUAAAUAAAUGCGGAGUCACAUUUAAUGUCUGGGAGAAAAAGAAUGCAGAUGGGAAAGGCAGUGGGGUAUAUGAUUUUACUAGCCUAAUGGGUGCAGACAAGAAGCUAUUAUUGAAGCACCUCCCAGAAAAGUUAAAGAAUUGCAUUGAGGCAACACAUAGCGAUGCUGUAAUUAGUUUGUGGAAGGAUUUCAGUCACAUUUACCAAAUGGUAAAUGAGCCUAAUCCUUCAGCUUCACAUAUCGAUGAACUGUUCAAACAGGCUUCUGCUUGGGUUAAGCUAUUUGUAUCGCUUAGUGGUAUAGUUGAAGGGUGUGGGAAGAAACAGGUCACACCAUACAUGCAUUGCUUGGUUUAUCAUGUGCCAAACUUUAUGCAGAAACAUGGUGGUAUAAAGAAGUUUACAGGGCAAGGGGUAGAGAAGAAGAAUGAUGACGUACGGAAAUUCCAUUUGACCAAAUCAAACAAGUGGGAUGCACCUAAAGAUGUCCUGCUUGUGGGCAAACGGUUACAGGUGACCAGUGAACAAGAAAGAACAACAAGAUCCUACUACAAAAGGAAUAUUGAUUAUUGGUCACAUGAAAUUAAAGAAGCACGAAGUAAAAGGCGCAGGAAAUUGUUAUAUUCUCCUAGUUCCUGUCCUGCAUUGCAGGAAAGCAAUGCAGAAGACACUUUAGAUGUUGAAAGUCUAUCAAUUGCAGAAAUCAAGGAAAAGUUGAAGGAAUUGGGAGUGCAAACCCGUGUUAGGAAACUUGAGAAGUUGAAAUACAUUCUGCAAAAAGCACUCCAAGACUGA